GGGGGGGGAGGGGGAGCUGCUCCAUCGACCUUCCGGCCGGCCCUUCUCGCUGGUUCCGGUCCUCCGGCCCCGCCCCCGCCCGGGCCCCGCCGCCGACACCCGCGGCCCCCGGCCCCGACCGCUGCGCUGCCACCUCGGGCCGGCGCGGUGCCAGGAUGGCGAAGGAGAUGCGGGCGCAGUACGAGCCGGUGGCGGAGAUCGGCGUCGGCGCCUACGGCACCGUCUACAAGGCCCGGGACCUGCAGAGCGGCAAGUUCGUGGCCCUCAAGAACGUGCGCGUCCAGACCAACGAGAACGGGCUGCCGCUCUCCACCGUGCGCGAAGUGGCCCUGCUCAAGCGCUUGGAGCAUUUCGACCACCCCAACGUCGUCCGGUUGAUGGACGUCUGCGCCACCACCCGGACGGAGCGCGAGACCAAGGUGACCCUGGUGUUUGAGCACGUGGAUCAGGACCUGAAGACGUAUCUGGACAAGGCGCCGGCCCCAGGCUUGCCAGUGGAGAAGAUAAAGGACCUGAUGCGCCAGUUCCUGAGCGGCCUGGACUUCCUGCACUCGAAUUGCAUCGUGCACCGCGACCUGAAGCCGGAGAACAUCCUGGUGACCAGCGGUGGGCAAGUGAAGCUGGCGGACUUCGGCCUGGCCCGGAUCUACAGCUGCCAGAUGGCCCUGACCCCUGUGGUGGUUACCUUGUGGUACCGUGCCCCGGAAGUGCUGCUCCAGUCGACCUACGCCACCCCGGUGGACAUGUGGAGCGUCGGCUGCAUCUUUGCCGAGAUGUUCCGGCGAAAGCCCCUCUUCUGUGGCAACUCAGAAGCCGACCAGCUGGGCAAGAUUUUUGACAUGAUCGGGCUCCCGGCAGAGGACGACUGGCCCCUGGAUGUGGCCCUGCCACACUGCGCCUUCACGGCACGCUCCCCACAGCCUGUGGAGAUGUUUGUGCCAGAGAUGGAGAAGCUGGGAGCGCAGCUUCUCUUGGAGAUGCUGACCUUUAACCCCUACCAGCGGAUCUCGGCCUUCAACGCACUGCAUCACCUUUACCUCCAGGACAAGAGCCUGGUGGAGGGGUAACGCCCCAGUGCCCCCCACCCCCACCCCGUCCCCCCACGGGGACCCAAUGGAGGACUUGGGAGAGCACCUGUUCUGCACCCACCCCACGCCCCCAGGGGGGCGCCGCCACCGGCACGCACACGGAGACGGACUCGAGCAGGGAGUGAGACGCCUCCUCCCGGGGGAUGCUGGGAUUCCGGUGGCGCCUCCCCCUCCCCAGGCGCGUGGUCCUGGGCAGGCCUAGCUCUGGUUAAGGUCAGUUUGUGUUGGGAAGGGGCCCGGCAGGGCCUCACCCCGAGUUCUCAUGGACACUUUUGAGUAGCCUUUUGUAACCGUUUACAAGAUAACUGUUGCUGCCUUAUCACAUUCCAGCCUCCUGCCGCCGGUCUCAGCUCUUCCACCCCCAACCCCGGGCGAGGGGCUGAGAGCAGCGUGACGGACCCCCUCCCCACGCUCGGGGCAGGUGGGGGUUUUUUUUUUACAAGAAAUAUUUGCGCGCGGUUUUUCUACUACCAGGCGGUGGCCAGGGCGAACCGCCGGACUCUUGGUGCACAUGUGGGAGUUGCUUCCUUGAGGGUGGAUUGGGGAAUCCUGGGGGGGAGCUGCUCCCCCGGGGCUGCGGGAAGGGGAUCAACAAGUUUAUAUUUAUAAUGAUUGUUCUCGGACACUUAACUUUUUUCUUUUAUCGGCUCUAAAAAUGGUCAGAGCCCAAUAAAGGGAAGGCAGGGGGCUGGAAGGGCAGUGCCCGGACACACUUGGCUGCCCUCGCGUCCAGCCCCAGCCCCACCCCAGCCUGCUUUGUCCCUUGGCUUGCC